AUGUUGACUUUGAGGAGACAAUACACCGUAGUCAGGCCGCAGUACUCUGAGGACACCUUUGCUGAGGAUCAUGAGAAAGUCUCCAGGCUGCACAAAACCCCCCUGGACCAUGUGAAGGAGUAUUCGACGUACGUGGAGCGAAUCUUCAUUGUAGAACUUUAUCCGUCUUGAUGAGUUACACUCUUAAAACUUAAGCAAAUCAAGCGUCUGAUCAUGUUGGAAACUUGAUCAAAUGAAAUUAGAUGAAAAUUUCUGUUUUUUGUUAAAUCCAGCUGUAACUCGAAACGCGCCAAGAACGUGGCGCUCUCUCUUCUGCCCAUCAUCGGUUGGAUGAGGAUCUACAGGAUCAGAGAGUGGCUGCUUGGUGAUGUGGUCUCCGGGAUCAGCACUGGACUGGUGGCCAUCAUGCAAGGUGAGGCCUGAGAGUGAAGAAAAACGAUGUACAUGUCACUGAAGUGAAUGGAAGUAGUUUUUUUAACACUAAUAAGAAUCACGUGAAGUCACAGUCCUCUCUUCAUCUGCAUUUAGCUGAAUAUUGUGCAUGCAACUCGCUCACUGUGUGUUUCCAUAUGAAGUGCAUGCAAUAAUAUCAUCCUGACCUACACACAGGAUAGUCUAUGAUAGUCUCAGACUGUGAAUUGUCACUUUUGAGCUUGUAAACCACGUCUGCGCAGAGAGAAAAGUCAAACUCAAAGCUGUUUAUCGGCUGUCAUUUUAAUCACAGGUGUAAAUAUAUUCAACAUUUAAUGUUAAGGCUAAUAUUGUUUUCUUCAUGUUGAAUAAAACAUAUUUAUACCCAACUAAAAAUAAUAAUAUUGAUUCUAACAAUUUAGAUUUACCUCUCUACGUUCAGAAUCUGUUUUUUGCCGAACGUUUUUACAGAUACAAAGAAUGUUUGUCUUUUGUUGCUAAAAUGAUAAGCACACAAUAACAAUAGUAUAAAAAUAAACGUAUAUAUACAACGUAAGUAAACGUAAGUAUAAAGAGCUUUUUACAGCAGUACCUUUGAUCUUUAAUAGAAAAUGCAAGUAUUUAAAAAUGAAAACUAUAUAAACACAAUCUGGAUAAAAUCUACACUAAACUGAGCUGCAGGAGGUGUAAACUUUAGAUUUAACAGCAACAUUAUCUUUAAGAUUCACGAAUAAUUCUCUGAAUGUGAUAAAAAAAAAAAUCACUUGAAAUUUAAAACCCUUUUUAAGUGUUUUAGGAUCAAAUGUGGAGAAAUGUUUGCUAUUUUCAGAGCUGCAACUUCACAAUUAAUAAGUCUGACUUUUCUUUGAACGCCAACUUCAACACUGUUCGCAAGCAAGAGACCGACUAUUUAAAGUCUGACAAUUAAAAGGUUUUAAAUGAUUUUUAUUUUAAAAUGUGUGUCUCUUAUUUUUCCCCCAAAGUGGAUCUCUAUUUCAGCUUUCCUUCUCUUCGCUUUCAGUUUAAAAUUUUUUUUUAAAUUUUUUAUUUGAUAUUUACCCAACAAUAAAUCCUGACAAUAUGCGGUCCUAAAGUUAGAAUUCAUGUUCCCAUAAAGUCAUAAAAAUCUUCCUAAAACUUUUAAGAGUUUUUCAGCGUCAGAGUUCAGCCAAACUUCUGAAGUUUAUAGUCAUCACAAGACACGUUUUUGACACAGACUGAGGGCACAUUCAGAUUUUAAGAGCCGCAGUGAACACAAAGUGAGCGUCUCUUUAUUCAUUUUUACCAUAAAAUCUCUUUUUAUUUGAUCAACUUUUGGAUUUUUUAUUUGCAGUUUGAAACAGAAAAGUUUGAUAGGAAAGCUCAACAUUCAGCUCAGCCUUUAACCUUCUUUUUAUGAACUCUUAGAUCACAAGAUUUGCAUGACCUCCAUUAUUGCCUUACACUAUAAAAAGGUGAUUCAUAGCUUGUAAAAGCAGUCAUCAAAUCUGCAUUUUAAAGUACCGCUGGAUCACAGUGACAUUUUGCACUUUUUUGAUAUUGUCCCUCCUGCUACAGCUUAGAAAAAAAAAGCUUAAAUAAACUGCAAAGUUCUGAGGGAUUUUGGAGCAUCAAAUAGAGAAUUUGAGAGUUCAUGUCAAUAUAUUCGGUGUCAAAAAAAUAAAUCAAAGUUGGUUUUGGAUGUGUGUAGGUAGGCUGUGGUAGCAUGUCCCUUUAAGACACUGUCCUAUGUCAGAGAAGUGACUCCAUCCCAUCCAGUCCGUAACAAAGAGGGAAAGACAGGUGAGGAGAUGGAGGACGGAGAGAAAGUUGUAGCGGCUGAAGUAAACGAAGUUAAUGUGGGAGGGGGUGAGCAGCUUGUGGAGUAGUUAUAGUCCAUUUAUCGUUAUCAAGGGGAACUGAUCAAUACAUCGUGAUAUUGAUUUGAGGCCAUAUCGUCCAGCCCUAGCUCCAAAUACAGACAAUACAUUUACUACUAACAGCAUCGUACCCUCAAAGAAAGCUUUUUUAAAGUUUGUUCUGAUUUAACUUAUUGAGUUUGUGGGUUAACUUUUAGAAACUUUUGUUUUGUUCAUAUGUUGCUUGGUAACAUAUAUAAUAGGCCUCUCAAAAAUCCAAAACACACAGUCCAACUUUUAAGAUAAGAUAAAACAAGAUAAAUUUACUGUGUCUGUCCCAAUGGAGGACCAAUACGUAUAAUUUCAUGCCAAGAAGUUUGGGAUUUAAGGAGGCAGCUUAUCAAUAAGGGUCAUGAAAAUACAUAAAUACUAAUGUUUGGGCCAAUAUAGGAGACUGUGCCGAGUGUCAAAUCUGUCACCAGAUUUCUAUCAUCUAUAAAAUCCUCUUUCACUGUGCCUCCCCUCAGGACUUGCCUUCUCUCUGCUGGCCUCGCUGCCUCCGAGCUAUGGCCUCUUCACGGCCUUCUUCCCCGUACUGACAUACUUCUUUCUCGGUACUUCCAGACACAUCUCUGUCGGUAAGUCCCAGAAUGCUCUGUUAAUCUUCAUUUAUCAGCUGGAUGGUAAAGGAUGUGAUUUUACUUUCACUUUCUAUAUCAGGAUCCUUCCCAGUCCUCAGCCUGAUGGUGGGGGCAGUCGUGACCCGUCUGGUCCCAGAGGACGGACCAUCAGCCAACAUCACCGCCUUUGAAAAUCUGACCCUGGAUGAGAAGAGGGUCGUGGUGGCCUCCUCUCUGACCUUCCUCAUGGGGAUUUUCCAGGUUGAUGAAGAACUAGACUACAUCAUAUCUAGGCCUGGACGAUAUAGAAAAAAAGCAUAUCGAUAAAAAAUAAAUCAUAUUGAUCGAUAUCGAUAAUUAUCGAUAUAAUUAUUAUAGUUAUUUAACAUAUAUUUUAAUUGCAGCCCUGGAUGUUUUAUGCUAUUGCUUAAUGACCUACUUUUAAUAAAGAACACACAAGCACUGAAUUCAAAUUCAAACCUUUAUUCAACCACCUUUUUUAUUUUACCACAACUGAAAGUUUUUUAAAAAAGAACUAAAAAAAAAAAGAAAUCAACUUAAGGGGCCUGAGUGACGUCAGUAAAUACUGACAAACAUAAAGACUAAAGUGACCAGAAAAUCUGAUAAAUAAAUAUUUAAAUAGUCUUUUGAUGAAAAUAAACAAAACAAACAAAUAUAUAAAUAAACAGAAUAGCUUUAGGUGGGAAUAGCAUACUACCAGUUUUAACUGUGUGAGAAACUGCCCACAGCCUGGUGUCUGAACACUGAAAUAUUUCUCCCGGGGCCGGGAGAUUUAUUUUUUUAAUUAUCAUGUGAUUGACUUGAUACGCAAACUGAGCACGAGAAGCAGGACUUAUCCACGCCGGUGUUGUGUCGUAGAAUGCACCCCUGCCGAAUGCACCCCCUGCUAGUAGCCAUGAUCCAAAUACUCGCGUCUUUGUAAAAUAUGAGCUCAUUUUCUUCCACUUUAAGAAGCUAAUGAGUGGACGGGAUGCAUUCUUCUCACCUUUUCAACCCCUGACCCAUUUUCAUGCCUGAAGCGCUGUGUUUGAGAAAUACUUGCGGCCGGGCACUUCAUAUCGCGGGUCGAGAGUGGCUAGAAGCUGGUCGAAGCCAGGCUUUUCAACGGUAGUUAUUGGCAGUAUGUCCCUCGCUAUGAAGCAUGUUACUGCAUGGGUGAUGUCCUUAUGCCGCUCGGACGCUUUGUCGUAUUUUGGCAAGAAACGAAGUCCAGUUUGGUCUGCUUCACAUGCUUUGUGCUGGUGCUGGCAGCGGUUCCAGAGGAUUCCUCCUCCGACGACGUGGAGCCGCGGCGCGGCCGACACAGCUCGUACUCCUGCGGGUGCGACCGGUUUAGAUGGUAAAACAAGUUGGUUGUGUUACCAGACUUGGUUUUUACCAAUUCUCUGCAAAUUUUGCAAACGACCGCUGUUCGCUUUUUGUCAGACUUCUAAAAACCAAAACAUUGCCAUGCUGGUGAACUACUGACAAUGUCCUCCGCUUCUCCUUGCUGUAUCAUUUUUUCUAAUACACGUGCUGUCUGUUGUGGUUUGAUAGGGGCUGGGCUUGGUGCCGUAGCGUACCUGGGUCUGCGUUUGUGAUUGGUUGGGAGGAAGUAAUGACUGUAGUAAAAGCUACAUGAUAGGCUAUGAUGAAAAAGAAAGGGAAACUGUGUUUUUCUAUCGAACUUUUUAUCGACCCGUUUUUUUUCUAUCGCAGCACACGUCUAUCGAUCGAUAUAUAUUGUUAUCGAAGAACUAGACUACAUCAUAUCAUUCUAAACCACAAGAACAGGUUUUCAAACUUCUUUUCCUCUCCAUGUUCCAGCUUGCCAUGGGUCUCCUGCAGGUGGGCUUCAUUGUGGUUUACCUGUCCGACACUCUGGUCUCCGGCUUCACCACAGCAGCAGCUGUCCAUAUUCUGGUGUCUCAGCUCAAGUUUGUGUUGGGGUUGGAGGUUCCAGGAAUCAGCGGUCCCCUCUCCAUCAUAUAUGUACGUACAGCAUGUCCACUUGGUCAGGCUUGGAACUCAUGGAUUCAGCGUCCAUGAAGUCUGACAUGUCUGGGUCAUGUUUAUUAACAGUUUCUUCUUUGUUUGGUACAUUUUAAGUGUGUUUUCGCAGAUACAGCGACAAACUUUGGUCACAGACAGUUUAUGGAGGUGAUUUUCAGCCCAUGCGGUGACCUCCACUAUAGAGUCAUGUCUGUUUUUAAUGCCAGUCUUGGUUUUGGUCCUUGUCAAGGAAAGAGGAUUAGGGCCACAAGAAAAGAAAAAAACAACUACAGAAUAGAAUUUCAAUUUCAAGAUCAAAGUCGAAAUUUUAAAAGUCAAAAUGUCGACUUUAGGUCUCAAAAUUUUGACUCAAAUCUCAAAAUUUCAACAUUAUUCAUGACAUUUUGUAAUCUCAAAAUUUCUACUUUAAUCUUUAAUCACGAAAUUUUAACUAAGACAAAAUUUUGACUUUUUUAUCUCAAAAUUUAGACUUGAAUCUCCUCCCUGAAAUUAUUUUUUUCCCUCCAUGUGGCCCUAAUCCACUUUCAUGCUUGUCUCUUCUGUUUGGCGUUUUUUGUAAUCUGUUUUGUCCACCGGCCGACAUCAAAUUCAAGAUAAAAAAUAUAGUGGUUAUAUGAUUUGAAAACCACCAUCUUACUCUGUUUUUAAACAGUUUUUACAACAUCCAAACUUCUUGUUGUUGUGGUUUUAUAACUUGUUAUCAUGCGUGAAAUCAAAAAGCCUAACUGAAUGUGUCACACUAAGCAAUUACAUUUUAUUUUAUGGUCUUUUUAUUUUUUCCGUAUCAACGUAACGUGAUCAUCUUGGAGUUUUGCCGUUUUGAAGUGUGACUGGAUCAGACUCGCUGAUGAAGUUGUGUUUGUGUCCUCUGUACAGACUCUGGAGAAGAACUUUGUCCAGAUCUCCUCCACCAACAUCUGUGACCUGGUGAUGUCCAUUAUCAUCAUGGUGGUGGUGUUCAUCGUGAAGGAGCUGAACGACAGAUAUAAAGCCAGACUGCCUGUUCCUAUUCCUAUAGAGGUCGUCAUGGUGAGAGAAACAAUCAGAUGAUGUUCCUCCUGUCCAAUAUACCUACUUUAUAUUUACUCUGGACACCUAAAAAAACAAUAAAGAAGUGGUUUUUUUGUUAUGGUGAGUUUCCUUUAAAUAAAAAUCACCAAACAAGCUCCUGUUGCAUUGUCCCAGACUGAACACAGGAGAAACAGUUAGCAUCAUGCAUGGCUCUGUUUUAUUAUUAGUGCGUGUAUGUCCUCAGUGUUAAUCUGCAUCGAGCACAUUUAAGUUUAAACUAAAAUAGAUAAAAAUAAAAAUGAACACUAAAAGCAGGUUUAAUAACUUGAAUAUGUCUGUUUUUUAUUACAGACUAUCAUUGCGUGUGGAGUGUCGUACGGUUUCAACUUUGAGGAGAGAUUUGGAGUUGAGAUCGUCGGUAAAAUGGUUAGCGGGUAAGUUUCUCAGCAGGUAAAAAACAAAUAAUCAAUAUGAAUAUUGUAUUUAACACAAGAAGAAUGAGAGAGAGAAACAUGCUGAUAUUUUUACAGAAAAGCGAUUAAAGCUGACUCAUUUACCGUCUUGUUGCACAACAAGCCCUUAAAUGAGCUACACCUUUGUUUCUAGCCAGCCUUUAACUUGAGCCUGAGCUGUAAAAGACUUUAUAAGCAGAGUUUAUAUGAUUUCAGUUGGUUAUGUGUCAGAGUUUAUGGAAAAAUCUUAUCAUGUGUUUUCAAAUACAAACUUAACAUGAAAAGCUGCAGUUAAAUCAGCUGUCUUGUAAAUUUAGAGGAGGAAGUGACAGUGCAAAAUUCCAGGGAAGUCAAGCGAAAGUGCCUUAGAAUCCCAUUAUACCCAUUAUAAUCCAGUAUACUCUGUGAUUAUCUCCUAAGCGUUGAUUAGCUAUCACUUUAUAAGCAGAGUUUAUAUGAUUUCAGUUGGUUAUGUGUCAGAGUUUAUGGAAAAAUCUUAUGUGUUUUCAAAUACAAACUUAACAUGAAAAGCUGCAGUUAAAUCAGCUGUCUUGUAAAUUUAGAGGAGGAAGUGACAGUGCAAAAUUCCAGUGAAGUCAAGCGAAAGUGCCUUAGAAUCUCAUUAUAAUCCAGUAUACUCAGUGAUUAUCUCCUAAGCGUUGAUUAGCUAUUUGUUUCAGUGAAAAACUCUUUCUACUACUCAGGCGCUUUAUCUAAGCUGGAAGAUUUCUCUGCCUCCAGCCACGUUUACAUCUGCAAAGGUUGUACUGUGCCUGCAGAUGUGACAUCAUUACGCUGUACCGACCUCGAUAAAUAAACCAAAGGCUUAAGAGCGAAGAUUGAGUCAGGUUAGAGAGUCACGAUCAGAAUAAGUGUCUACAUCGACAUGUUUCGGAAUAAAGAUCAGAAGCAUUUGUACAUGUGCAAUUUCUCUCCAAUUGAGCCAAAUUGGAUCAGAGUUGUAUUUACACCGACAUGUUUAUAUGGCUGAUUUUUAUUCCGAUUGCACCUUUAUUCCAAUUUUUUGUGCCCAUGUAAACGCAGCUUCUGCCUUGCGAAUACCAUCAAACUUCCAGGCCCCGCACCCACCUGCAGCUUUUACUUAAAACUGCUCAAUUUAACCCAAUUAUCUCGCAGGUACGAGUCUCCCAUAGCGCCCAGUGUCGAGGUCUUUCAAGAGGGUGCAGUGGAGGCCUUCCCCAUAGCGAUUGUCGGCUUUGCUGUCGCCUUCUCUGUGGCCAAAGUCUACUCCAUCAAACAUGAUUACACCAUCGAUGGAAACCAGGUGAGUUAUAGACUUUUUAUUUUCACCCUCUCCAACCCUGACUGUCUACAAUAAAAGAAUGAGAGUUUUAAAAUAAAGGUAUAAAGUUUAAUUCCUCAUUGCUUUUAUCUCAAAGCUGCACGUGAACGUUCAUGUGAGGAAAACAUGAAUCAAGUCUUUUGUUGCAGUAAAAGGAAACAUGAUUUUUUUAUUUGUACCUUAGGAACUGAUCGCAUUUGGAGUCAGCAACAUGUUUGGUGCAACCUUUAGGUCGUUUGCAGCCAGCACAGCUCUCUCCAGGUCGGCCGUGCAGGAGAGCUCAGGGGGGAGGACACAGGUGGGUCUCUCCUAAACACAUUCAAACAGAUUUACAGUCAAGUUAUUUUACAGUCUGCUGAAAUCAAACAUUAACCUCUUAUAUGAACGCAGAUUGCAGGGUUGAUCUCCGCUUUAAUGGCGAUGAUCGUAACUUUGGCGCUCGGAUUCCUGUUGGAGCCGCUUCCCAGGGUGAGAUCUUUAUUGUUUGCUCUUUAUACAGAGAGAAAUACACUUCAUACUGACAGAUAAAGCCAAGCAUGGUUUGGUUUACAGCAGGGAUGGGCGACUGGAGACCAGUUGGCUGCAUGUGCCCCCUACAGUUACAGUUUGACCCUCUGAAAAUGUGGUCUACUUGGUCUCCUAAAUCACCCAUCUUUGGUCUACGAACAUGUCUACUCAUUCAUGCCUUUUAUUCAUCAUCUCAGUCCGUCCUGGGUGCUCUGGUCAUCGUCAACCUGAAAGGCAUGCUGAUGCAGUUCAGAGAGAUCCCGUACCUGUGGAAGAGAGACAAAACCGAAUGUGUAGGUGGUCUAGACUUCUUCUUGUUCACCGCCUGGACUUAGAUCUGUCAGUUCUCGCUCAGAGAUUGAUCCCAGGUGUUUGUCUGCAGGUGGUCUGGUUGGGAACCUGUAUCAGUGCCAUCUUUCUGGGACUGGAUCUCGGUCUGGCGGUAGGCUUGGGGAUCGAGCUGCUCACCGUGGUCUUCAGGACUCAAUUGUAAAGUCACAGUUCCUCCCAUGUCCUCUCAAUCCUGAAUACUGAUUUUAAAAGUUGUGAUGAUUUUAGUGAUUAGUCAGAUGGAUUAAAAGGUCAUGCCUCAAUAUCAGAGUCUUCCUCUCACACACAUCAUCAUCCACAUCAUCCUUGUCUCUGUAGCCCUCGCUGUUCAGUCCUGGGCAACAUCUCAGGGACGGACCUCUACAGAGACCGCAAAGACUAUGUCGACGUGAGUGCGCCCUCUUUCAGAGUGGUGUACAGAUUACCGCCUGAGUCACAUUGAUCCUUACAUUGUGUUUUUCUUCUCAGCUGUAUGAGCCACAGGGAGUGAAAAUCUUCAGGAUACCAUCGCCUAUCUUCUUCGCUAACAUUGAUUUCUUCAAGGACAAGCUUAUAGAAGCUGUAUGUACGACAACAGACAGUUUUCUUCUUUAGUUUGACUAUUUUAGACGAUAAAUGUGCCUGAAAAUCAUGAAAACACUCGCUCAUCACAGGUUGGCUUUAAUCCUCUGAGAGUUUUACGGAAAAGGAACAAAGCUCUCAGGAAAAUCCGGGCCUUGCUGCAGAAUAGGGACGUGGACAGUACGGAGGUGAGACUUUGAGAGAAUGAGCUCCAUCAGUUUAUGAUUUAGAGUCUUCAAAUCUUAACUCUUGUUUUCCUGAAUCCCUCAAUCAGAAAGGUCUGGAGGAUUUGUUUCCCCACAUGACCAGCGAGUCUCACACGAAUGAGAUGAAUCUGCCCUCCGACCUCAAAGACCUGCCCUUGAAAAUUUGCUGGAGAUCUGCAGAGCUUCCCUCAAACAUCAGUGUUCCCAGGGUGGACAUCCACAGCCUGAUCCUGGACUUCUCUGCCGUCUCCUUCCUGGACAUCUCGGCUCUGAAGGGACUUAAAACGGUAAAAAUCACUUCAGCUUCACACAGAAGAAGAACUUGUAAGUGACAGUCAGUAUUCUGGUACAAUGUAAACCAGAAAGCCUCCUUCGAUCAGCUGUAAUGACACCUCGUUAUCAACUUUGUUUCAAGAAAAUUGACCAAUCAAAAGCAAAUAAAAACUUUUUUUUCCGCAGAUGCUCAAAGAGUUCAUCCAUGUUGACGUGGACGUUUACAUCGCCUCCUGUGACCGUGAGUUUCAUCAGUUUGGUUACACCGGACAUCUUUUGUGUAAUGAUGGAAAACCUUCAUAACACGCUCCUCUUGUGCUUACAGCAUAUAUCCAGGAGAAACUACACAGCUGUAUGUUCUUCGACGAAGAGAUUCAGACCUCCAUGUUUUUCCCAACUAUUCAUGACACGAUGCUACACGUGCUGGAGAAACACAACGGCGUAGAUAAAGGACUUGUGGUAAGACCGUUGCCUCUCAACUCCACACCCAUCUGACCCACAAUAGCCUCUACGAACAGUUCCAGUCCGAUUUCCGUCCCCUCCAUAGCACUGAAACAGCCCUCAUCAAGAUCAUCAACGACCUCCUCAUGGCGGCUGACUCCGGUUUAAUCUCCAUCCUCAUCCUCCUUGAUCUGAGUGCGGCCUUUGAUACCAUCUCUCAUCCCAUCCUCCUCCAUAGGCAUCUCUCACACCCCCCUUCUCUGGUUUCACUCAUACCUCACUGGCCGCACUCAGUUCAUCCAACUCAAAUCCUUCACCUCACAGCCCUCCCCCGUCACUUCAGGUGUGCCCCAGGGUUCUGUCCUCAGGCCCCUCCUCUUCAUUAUCUAUCUCCUUCCCCUUGGCAGCAUCUUCCGCAAAUUUGGUAUCCACUUUCAUUGCUUCGCGGAUGACACCCAGCUCUACCUCUCCAGUAAGCCCGAUGCCUCUCUUCCACCCUCCUCCCUCACCCACUGCCUCUCAAAAAUUAAAUCCUGGUUCGCAUCAAACUUCCUCAAACUCAGCUCCGAUAAAACAGAACUCCUCCUGGUAGGUACCAAGUCCACUCUCUCCAAAACUGACAGUUUCUCCCUCACCAUAGACAACUCCACAGUGUCCCCUUCCCCUCAGGUUAAGAGUCUGGGUGUCAUCCUCGACAGCUCACUAUCUUUCCACUCCCACAUCAGUAACAUCACCCGGUCUGCAUACUUCCACCUACGAAACAUCAACCGUCUCCGCCCAUCACUCACUCCUCACACCACAGCUAUCCUAGUCCACAGUCUUGACAGUGACAGUCACAGUCACCUCCCUUAUUGAUUAUUGCAACUCACUCCUCCUCGGUGCCCCUCACAAAUCCCUCCAUAAACUUCAACUUGUCCAAAACUCUGCAGCCCGUAUCAUCAUCAGAACCCUCUCCUUUCACCACAUCACCCCUGUCCUUCAGCAGCUUCACUGGCUUCCUAUCCGGUCCAGAAUCCACGACAAAAUCAUACUGUACACUUUCAAGGCCAUUCAUAACCUUGCCCCCCCUUACCUCUCCGAUCUCCUCCACGUCGCCACCCCCUCACGCUCCCUCAGAUCCUCCUCCUCCCUCCACCUUUCUGUCCCCUCUGCCCGGCUCAGCACCAUGGGGAGCAGGGCUUUCAGUCGCUCUGCCCCCAAACUCUGGAACUCUCUCCCCCCGGAUCUCAGAAACAUGGACUCAAAACACAUCUAUUCCAAAUUGCAUAUUCCCUUUAACUGUCCAUCUUAAUACCUGUAUGUUGUUUUUAUUUAUUUUAACUGUGUUUUAACUGUGUUCUUAAUGCCCUGUACAGUGUCCUUGGGUGUCCAGAAAGGUGCUUUUAAAUAAAAUGUAUUAUUAUUAAGACCAGAAUCUUUUUAUACCAGGCGUCUCCUGGUACCAGUGCACGCUUUGUGAGACUAAUGUGCUCUUCUUUAUGUACGUUUAUCUUGUUCCAUCCACAUGAUUUCCAAACUGUUUGGUUUGUUAAAAAUAUCUAAAAUGGCAACAUGAGGCAGAAAUUUAUACUGAAAAUAAAUAUUUACAUAUGUUAUUGCUAUUAUAGUUAGCCCUAUAAUAGAAAUAUUACUAAUAAAACGUACAUGGAAUGAUUAAUGUUUUAUAUAAAUGAUUUAAUAUAACUGCCUAUUGCUCUACCUAUCUGCUUAAUGGUUAUUUAUGAAAAUCCAUGGUUAAGAUUAUUCUUGAGUUUGCAGGAACAUAACUAAAGCUCUGAAGUUUGUUACAAACCAAAUCGUUUGAAAAUCGGUUUAAAUUAAUUAAUCAAUCAACUUUACUUCUAUAUCACAUUUAGAAGAACAAUGGGGGUGGCCAAAGUGCUGUACAUUGCGACAUAAAAACAAGUAAAACAAGCAAAGAACAAGAUAAAGCGAGCAAAAAUACAUAAAGGCAAUAAAUAAAUAUAUGAAUAAGCAGGCUCACGGCAAGUGCUAAGCUGAUAACAAACAAAAUAACACUAAAAUGUAUUAAAGCCAAGGAAUAAAGGUGCGUUAUCAACGGUUAUUUAAAUGCUACAUGCACCAUAGACUGUAAUGUCAGGAGUGGGCGAGCGUCCCGUAGCAAAAUGGCCGCCAUGCGCGGACGUCGAUCUCCGAAUAUAUCUAUGGCGACAGCACCCACUUGUCAGGGGUGGUGGUCGCUGCACCCAAAAAGUACAAACCUACCCACGAGAAAAGAAAGGAAAACCUCCCCGACUAUGAGCUCAGCGGUAAACUAAAGGUGAACCAGUAUCGGCGGUGCUUACCGUCUUCUAGCCCGUUCUUCGGCUCGCAUGAGCCGCCAGCUCCGUCCGGUGAUUCCGUUCAGGGUUUUAAGGUGGUGGCGGAGAGGUGGUGUGAACGAUUGUGGAUAAAUAAAAACACGCGGGCACAUCUCUAG